AUGGGUGGCUCAGUUGACCCCAAGAACGGACAGCUGCCCGACCCCCAGCGCAUCGCCACCUACUCGCUGUCCCCUAACCGUCAGCGUCCCUUCGCCGGUGCCGCUCACGCCGCCAUCUUCAACACCUUCCGUCGUUUCCGCCACCAGGUUCUCUACGUUGUGCCUCCCUUCGUCGUCGCCUACGCUGCCAUGGAGUGGGCCAUUGAGCGCAACCACUACUUGAACUCCAAGCCCGGCCGCCUCGAGGCUGGUCACGAGGAGUAA